AUGCCACACGCCCACAUUUUGAAUCUUGAGUCGUUUCAAAUUGUUUGUUACGAGCACUGUGCGAGUUUCUGCUCUUUUCUCACUCGUUCACUUAUUAAUCAUACAAAACAAUGGAUUUGGAUUCAAUGAAAUAUGCGGAGCUACGCAACCGAGCGAAGCAACUGGGUCUCAAGGCUAAUAUGAAGGCGGACAGGCUCUUAAAAGCCAUUAAGAAGCAUUACGAGCAAAACAAGGAAACCGAAAACGACAAGGUAGAAGAGAUGGAGGCCAAAGUCACUGCUGAGGUCCAGACAGACCAAUCCCAGGAGGUGUUUUGCAGCUCCUCAGUGUUUGUGAACACACGUCGAGGAAAAGCGAAAAAGACAAGAACCCGUGAUUCUGAUGCCAAGUUGGAUAAUGAGGGAAGCAGUGACGUGGUCCCACAAGUCCGAGUUUACAAGAAGAGACGAUUGUCUUCUCUAUCCAAGACUGAGAAGAGGGGAGAGAAUGAACCUGUGAUCGCGUCUUCAGACAUGAGCGUUCAAGUGCAGAGCGAGCCCAAGGAUGGCGGAGGUCAUGUUCCCAGUGUGGCCAAACCUGGUAAGAUCCCUCGUUACAAAGGGCGGCAGGUGAAGAGGGCAGCCCUGAAACCCGUCACUCCAAAUUUCCAAAAACUCCACGAGGCUCACUUCAACAAGAUGGAGUCCAUCGACGCCUAUGUGCAGAGGAAGAACACCAACAAGAGGAAGAUGGAGCCUGUACCAGAGCUCAAGGCGGCCAAGGCUAGUCGGGUGUCCUUGUUCAGCCCCGCGCCCUACAGGAACAAGAGUCCGCAGACGACGGGCAAACCAGAUCCUCCAAGCAAGUUGACUGAGAAAAAGCAAGAUUCUGUAUUCAAGCCCUCUGUGCUUUGCACAAGAAGGAUCAACGUCAGGUUUUCCGAACUGAUGCCUGACAACGAGUACAAGAGGUCACUAGUGAAGACGCCGGCGCGCUAUUCAUCCGCCGCGGCCACGAGCACACCCAAGACGCAGACGUCCGCAGCAUCAUUUUUGUUCUCUGGCAACACGAGCGUCACUCCGGGAACCCAGAAGAAGCCCGUUUUCGACCUGAAGGCCAGCCUGUCCCGCCCGCUCACCUACAAGCCUCACACGGGCAAACUGAAGCCGUUCAGCGACUGCAACGACGACAAAGCCGCCGACAAAGCCGCCGACAAGUCUUUGGUCGCCGACUCUCGAAAGAAAUACUACAAACAGCAUAAAGUGCAGACCAGGGAGGAGAGACAAGCCAAACAAGCUGAAGAGCGCAAAGCAAAGAAGUCCAACUUACUGUUUGCACGGCGAGGCCUGGUGAUGACAUAGUGUUUUUUUUUAGACAGCUGCUUUUCUCGUUGUAAAUAUGUUGUUGUCUGCUGCUAUCUUCUUUUAGCAUCUAAUGGUUUGCAGCUUGUUGGGAUUUUAGCUCGUGAGCAAUCAAUUUUCAUGGGAAUUGCAAGCUAUUUACUUACUGCUUUGCUUUGUUGUGUUUUUUUUCCAAAAAUAAAAAGAUUGCAAUAUUCUCACAAAGAGGAGGGUCCUGUAUGAGAAUCUUUUUUUUGUACUGUGGUGUUACGCAAGAAUUUUCUUUAGUAAACUACGUCUUUGCUCAAUA